AUGCUGACUAGCACGGAUAUUGGCUACUUGCGUCGGUGUGUGGAGCUAGCCCGCGAAGCGCUUGAUGCCGGCGAUGACCCGUUUGGGUCAGUGCUUGUGGAUGCCACGGGCAAGAUCCUCAAAGAGGAUCGCAACCGAGACACGACUGAAGCAGACAUCACCCUGCACCCGGAACUCACGUUGGCUGUUUGGGCCCGAAAGCACAUGACACCCGCCGACCGCGCCGCUGCCACUGUCUACACUUCUGGCGAGCACUGUCCAAUGUGUGCAACUGCCCACGCGUAUGCGGGUUUGGGGCGGAUCGUCUAUGCUAGUUCGUCUGCUCAGCUUGUACAGUGGAAGACGCAGUUGGGUGUGAAAGCUGGACCAGUCGCUCCGCUCCCUAUCAAUCAGGUUGCGCCGGGUCUGAUCGUUGACGGCCCCGCUCCAGGUCUGGAUGAGGAGAUUUAUGAGCUACAUCGACUGAAGCAAGCUCGAUCUACAGUCGAGUCAUAA